GGACUGGGUGGGGGAGCAGGAUUUCAGAGACUGGGCAGCCGGAUGGGCUGUGCCUUCCCUCUGGCGAAGGGUCCUCAGGAUGCCUGAGUGGGCCUUAUCCUGAGCCCUGGAACAUCUGGGCCUUUCCAGGUACAAGCUUAGAUAGCACCCACUGUUCACUGGGGUCCUGAGUCAGCCCUAUCUGAGGAGGCUCCCUGGGCCUCCUUGCAGUACAGGGGAGUGGGGUCUCAGGGCCCUGGAGCUAGCUGUGGGGAGCAGUGUGCCCAGGGGUGGGGUCUCCCAGUGAAAGAGACUAGUGUCCGUCCCUGGCCAUGGCCUGCCUGCUUGCCUCUAUAUAUAACUCCUGCCCCGAAGCUGAAUGAAUGGGGGUCUGUAUGGGUAGGGGGCUGAGAGCCAAGAGCAACACGUGAGGGGCCAGGGGGUGGGGGACCAAGAGGCCAGAGGGGAGGUUCCCUUAAAUAGACCUCAGCUGGAGGCUGCACCCAUCCACUGACAGCCCCUCCACCUUCUUGCUGAAGCUGAGGGGUUGCCUCAUCCUCAAGUCCAGGGAAGCCCAUUUCAUUGGGCGCUCAGACCCUUACUCAGGUCUCCUUCCAGGUGACUUCCUCCUGUCAGGCCUUGCCUCCUGCUGAGCUGCGACGAAACACGGCCCCAGUCAGGCGCAUAGAGCAUCUGGGAUCCACCAAAUCUCUGAACUACUCAAAGCAGAGGAGCUCUCUGCCCAGGCUUCGCAUCCUCCCAGGAGCUUCAGCCUGGACCCGCUCAUGGAGAGGCGCUGGGACCUGGACCUCACCUACGUGACGGAGCGCAUCCUGGCCGCCGCCUUCCCCCAGCGGCCGGAUGAAAUGCAACACCGGGGCCACCUGCGAGAGUUGGCCCACGUGCUGCAAUCCAAACACCGCGACAAGUACCUGCUCUUCAACCUUUCAGAGAAAAGGCAUGACCUGACGCGCCUAAACCCCAAGGUCCAGGAUUUUGGCUGGCCUGAGCUGCAUGCCCCACCCCUGGACAAGUUGUGCUCCAUCUGCAAAGCCAUGGAGACGUGGCUCAGUGCUGACCCGCAGCACGUCGUGGUACUGUACUGCAAGGGAAGCAAAGGCAAGCUCGGGGUCAUUGUUUCUGCCUACAUGCACUACAGCAAGAUCUCUGCAGGGGCAGACCAAGCACUGGCUACUCUUACCAUGCGGAAAUUCUGUGAGGACAAGGUGGCCACAGAACUGCAGCCCUCCCAGCGCCGAUACAUCGGCUAUUUCAGUGGGCUGCUGUCUGGCUCCAUCAGGAUGAACAGCAGCCCUCUCUUCCUGCACCAUGUGCUCGUGCCUAUGCUGCCAGCCUUCGAACCCAGCACAGGCUUCCAGCCCUUCCUGAAAAUCUAUCAGUCCAUGCAGCUUGUCUACACAUCUGGAGUCUACCACAUCACAGGCCCUGGUCCCCAGCAGCUCUGCAUCAGCCUGGAGCCAGCACUCCUCCUCAAAGGCGAUGUCAUGGUCACAUGCUAUCACAAGGGUGGCCGUGGCACAGACCGGACUCUCGUGUUCCGAGUCCAGUUCCACACAUGCACCAUCCAUGGACCACGGCUUGUCUUCCCCAAGGACCAGCUGGACGAGGCCUGGACUGAUGAGAGGUUCCCCUUCCAAGCCUCAGUGGAGUUUGUAUUCUCCUCCAGCCCUGAGAAGAUCAAAGGUAACACUCCACGGAAUGAUCCGUCUGUCUCUGUUGACUACAAUACCACAGAGCCUGCCGUGCGAUGGGACUCCUACGAAAACUUCAACCGGCAUCAUGAAGACAGUGUGGAUGGCUCCCUGACCCACACCCGUGGUCCCCUGGAUGGCAGUCCCUAUGCCCAGGUGCAGCGGGCCCCCCGCCAGACCCCACCAGCGCCUUCUCCAGAGCCACCCCCACCCCCAAUGCUCUCUGUCAGCAGUGACUCCGGCCACUCAUCCACACUCACCACAGAGCCAGCUGCUGAGUCCCCUGGCCGGCCGCCUCCUACAGCUGCUGAGCGGCAGGAGCUAGAUCGCCUCCUGGGAGGCUGUGGAGUGGCCAGUGGGGGCCGAGGGGCUGGGCGUGAGACGGCCAUCUUAGAUGACGAAGAGCAGCCCCCUGUGGGUGGAGGCCCCCACCUUGGAGUGUACUCCGGUCAUAGGCCUGCCCUCAGCCGCCACUGCUCCUGCCGCCAGGGCUACCGAGAGGCCUGUGGAGUCCCCAGUGGGGGCUACUACCGGCCAGAAGGAACCCUGGAAAGGCGACGGCUGGCCUAUGGGGGCUUUGAGGGCCCCCCGCAGGGCUAUGCCGAGGCCUCCAUGGAAAAGAGGCGCCUUUGCCGCUCACUGUCUGAGGGGCCCUACCCCUACCCACCUGAGCUGGGAAAGCCACCCAAUGGGGACUUUAGCUAUUGCUCCCCGGCCUACCGAGAGGUGGUCAUCCUGGAGGACACUGCGCUGCCUGCCUUAUGUUCAUGCCCGGCCUGUGACGAGAAGCUGGCACUGCCCACAGCAGCCCUGUAUGGACUGCGGCUGGAGAGAGAGGCUGGCGAAGGGUGGGCAAGUGAGGCAGCCAAGCCUCUACUGCACCCAGUACGGCCUGGGCCCCCAUUGCCUCUGCUAGUGCCCACCUGUGGGCAUCACCAUGCCCCAGUGCCCGAGUACAGCUGCCUGAAGCCACCCAGGGCAGGUGAGGAAGGGCACGAGGGCUGCUCCUACACCAUGUGCCCCGAGGGCAGGUAUGGACAUCCAGGGUGCCCUGCCCUGGUGACGUACAGCUGUGGAGGAGCAGUCCCCACUUACUGUCCAGCAUAUGGUCGGGUGCCUCACAGCUGUGGAUCUCCAGGCGAGGGCAGAGGGUAUCCCAGCCCUGGUACCCACUCCCCACGGGCUGGCUCCAUCUCCCCGGGCAGCCCGCCCUACCCACAAUCCAGGAAGCUGAGCUACGAGAUCCCUGCGGAGGAGGGAGGGAGCAGGUAUCCACUGCCUGGGCACCUGGCUUCAGCAGGACCCCUGGCCUCUGCAGAGUCACCUGAGCCAGUAUCCUGGAGGGAGGGCCCCAGUGGGCACAGCACGCUGCCUCGGUCUCCCCAAGAUCCCCAGGGCAGUGCCUCUUCAGAGUUGUCUGGUCCCUCCAUGCCCCUGCACACCAGCAGCCCAGUCCAGGGCAAGGAAAGCACCCGAAGACAAGACAUGAGGUCCCCCACCUUGGCGCCCGUGCAGAGACUGAGUCCUGGCGAGGGCUUGCCCUCUGUUCCCCAAGGAUGCACUGGAAAGGCUCCUGAGCUGCCAGCAAGAAAUGGGCCUGAGCCUCCAGCCUCUGGCCCCUGCUCCCCAACCUCCCCUCCCAGCUCACCCGCUGACUGGCCUCAGGAAAGGAGCCCAGGGGGCCACUCAGACAGUGCCAGUGCCCAGGGACCUGUGCCCACCACGCUGCCUGGCCUCCGCCGCACCCCCUGGCAGAGCCCUCGAGGCCCCCCAGACAGCCCAGAUGGGUCCCCCCUCACUCCUGUGCCUACCCAGAUGCCCUGGCUUGUGACCAGCCCAGAGCCCCCUCAGAGCUCACCCACACCUGCCUUCCCCCUGGCUACGGCUUAUGAUACCAAUGGCCCUACUCAGCCCCCACUUCCCGAGAAACGCCACCUGCUGGGGCUUGGGCAACAGACAGGACCCUGGGGCCCAGAGCAGGCUUCACCACUAGCCAGAGGCACCAGUCACCAUGUUACCUUCGCAACUCUGCUCCCAGAUAGUGCUCCUCAAGUCCCAGAGCCCCCCAUGCAAGAGAGCCAAAGCAAUGUAAAGUUUGUCCAAGAUACAUCUAAGUUCUGGUACAAGCCACACCUGUCCCGUGACCAAGCCAUUGCCUUGCUGAAGGACAAGGACCCUGGGGCCUUCUUGAUCAGGGACAGUCAUUCAUUCCAAGGAGCUUAUGGGCUGGCCCUCAAAGUGGCCACACCUCCACCCAGUGCUCAGCCCUGGAAAGGGGACCCCUUGGAACAGCUGGUCCGCCAUUUCCUCAUUGAGACUGGGCCCAAAGGGGUGAAGAUCAAGGGCUGUCCCAGUGAGCCCUACUUUGGCAGCCUGUCCGCCCUGGUCUCCCAGCACUCCAUCUCCCCCAUCUCCCUGCCCUGCUGCCUGCGCAUUCCCAGUAAAGAUCCUCUGGAAGAGACCCCAGAGGCUCCAGUGCCCUCCAACAUGAGUACGGCAGCGGACCUCCUACGUCAGGGUGCCGCCUGCAGCGUACUCUACCUGACCUCAGUGGAGACAGAGUCACUUACAGGCCCCCAAGCCGUGGCCCGGGCCAGCUCUGCAGCUCUGAGCUGCACCCCCCGCCCAACACCAGCCGUUGUCCACUUCAAGGUCUCAGCCCAGGGUAUUACACUAACUGACAACCAAAGGAAGCUCUUCUUUCGCCGCCAUUAUCCAGUGAAUAGCAUCACCUUCUCCAGCACAGACCCUCAGGACCGGAGAUGGACCAACCCAGAUGGAACCACCUCCAAGAUCUUUGGUUUUGUGGCCAAGAAGCCGGGAAGUCCCUGGGAGAAUGUGUGUCACCUCUUUGCAGAGCUUGACCCAGAUCAGCCUGCAGGCGCCAUUGUCACCUUCAUCACCAAAGUUCUUCUGGGCCAGAGAAAAUGAAGGAAGGCCACAAGCUAGGAGCCCACGUCAACACUACGCCCCUCCCAGCACCCCACAGCCCUCACUUCCCCAGGCCUGCACCCAAGAGACCCAGGAGCCAGCACCCUCCCUGAGGAAUGGGAGUGAGCAUUGGUCUGCUCUCCUUUCCCCGCCCCCAGCCUGCUAAGCUAAGUGGACAGGCCCAUGAGAUGACCUUGCAUGUGAGCAGAUGGCAGAGAGGGGCAUGUGAGGGGUGAGGAGGCAUUAUUAGCAGUUGCCUGCAGGAGAAAUCAGCCCUCCAAGGAAGUCAGGCCCUGCCCGGUCCACCCAGGUGCAGCUCCCAGCAUGCAGGGAGAGGGGAGAGAGAAGGGGAACGAGUCAUUCCUUCUUCUGUCUCCCCCAAGCAGAGAUCAGAGUGGGAUCACAUGAAUAGGGGGAAAAAGAGAGUCUAUUUUUGUCUAAUAAAGAAUUUCUAUAAACUUUA